AUGAACCAGUACAAUGGCCUCGUUAAUGGACCUCUGUAUGGACGAAACCCCAACAUAUCUCGCUUCAUCGUCCGCAGCUCGGACGUGAUCUCGGAUUUGAGGAUCAACGUGCACGACGAGGAGUCGGACAAGGUCGUGUGGUAUAAAGAACGCUUCCUGAACGACACCGAGAUCGUCGAGCAUGUCGUGCAUAACCACACCUCCAAAAUCUGCUGGACGAUCCACCGCCCCAAGCGCGGCUGGUACAUCCGCCUCCGCGCGCCCUCCUUCCCGCCCGGCUUCUUCAUCGCCCUCGCGCCCGUCCCGCGCAGCUCACCCGACUACAUCGACGCAGCGCUCGCCUUCGCAUGUCGUGUCAACGUCCGCCUCCCGCCCGCGCCUCCGUUCUCCCCUGCGUCCCCGUCCUCGCCGUCAUCGUCGAUGCGGCCACGACCGACGAGCGCGGACAGCACCCUGUCCGGGGACACCGUCGUGCACUCAUACCCUCCCACGCCGCCUGCGGCUGCCGCGGCGCCGAUCAUUGUGACGCCACCGUCACCAGAGGCGGUCGCUGCGAAGCUGGACGAUUCGCCUCCUGUCACGCGCAAGAGGAGGCCGAAGCCGAAGCCGGUGCCAACGACGGUGUCGCGGUUCGUGCUCGCCCCGCACGCGCCGUACGCAUAUCAGACGGCACCUCGCAUGCCAGGAGGGAUCAGUCUUGCGGCAGCGGUGCCUGAACAAAAGUCAUCCUUCUUCUCGCGCGCGCUGUCGAUGUUCUCAGGAGGGAGCGGAUCGUCGACGCACGCGUCCUCGUCCUUCGCGCUGCGCAUAGCGGGUGACCCACUGCCGUCGCCUAUGUCGUCUGCCUCACCGCCCGCGGGAUGCUCGUCCUCCAAGUUUCCCGAGGGGCCGUCGUCGUCAUCACAGCUGCCCACCAUCCUGACGACACCUCCAGCGCCCCCGCCUCCGCCCCCGCCGCUGCUCACGUUCCACGACCAGACGCCCGUAUGGACCGUGCGCUCUGUGACGGGACUGCUCGAGAUAAAUAGAGCGGAGGAACGGGUGCUAGGUGUCGACACGAGCUUCUGGAUAGCGGCGGCCUUGACGUAUCUGGAGUUUUUGGAGGAUAGAGAUAGCUACCUAGCAGCGCUCAGCGACUAGCUUUCUGCGUCACAUCACGAUGAUAUACCCCACCUAUAUCCCUCUCGCUCAAUCUGGUUCUGGAAUCUGUACGAUACUUAUCAUAUAUCCCUGCCCUUUUUUCUCCUCGUGCUAUGGGGUAAUCUAAUAUGUUGAGAUCUACUGCUUGUAAAUAUGGUGUUUCACUUGGACAAUUGUGCUAUGACCUGUCU